UUUUAGACAGUUUUCGCUCAUUUUCACAGCGAUGGCGUCCGAUCGAGAGCCUUGUUCGUGCUGCUCCCAUCAAGUUACAUCUACUAGUGUUUGCCAGACGAUGGAUGAAAUGGACUUUGAAAGAGGUAUCUGGUCUGCUGCAAUGGAUGGGGACUUGACAAGGGUCAAGUCUUUGGUCCAAAAGGGUACAGAUCCAAACCAGAGAGACCUGGCCAAAUAUACUGCUUUGCACUAUGCCAGUCGCAGCGGUCAUCUUGCAGUCUGCAAGUUUCUUCUUGAGAGCGGUGCUUGUGCAUCUCCCCAGACGUCAGGCGGUGCCACUCCACUUCAUAGAGCUGCUUACUGUGGUCAUUUGGAUGUGGUUAGGCUGCUGCUGCACUUCAGGGCAGAUCCACUACUUUGUGACGAUGAUGGAGCGUCCCCUUUGCAUAAGGCUGCAGAACGCGGUCAUAAAGAGGUGUGUAUGCUGCUUCUCCAGCGCUGCCCCUCCCUUCAGAGCCAGGUGAACAAGAAACUGCAGCUGCCUUACCAACUGGCCCCAGAGGGUCACCUGCAAGACCUCUUAACGCUUCCACGGUGAAACAAGAACACACGUGGCAUCUACGAAGUCUCUGUCAACCGAGAAAAAACUCGGUGUAAAUAUGGACUCGCGAGAGAAACCACAAACUGCUGUCGGAGGAACUUUCAUUGGGUUCGGGCCCGCUGGUGGGUGGCGUUUCCAUUGCAACCUUCAAACCACAUCCAGUUGUGCGAGUGGAGGCGUGCCAGGCCACAUCUGGAGCUCAUUGCAGCUGACA